ACUGGCGUGGACCUUGACUCUGGGGAACGCAACGCAAUCAUGAGCGAUAUCUCAUCCUGCGAUCUGUUACCUACGCAGUAGAAGAAGGGGAUGAGGAUGUCAUGAUGCAGAAGACCACGUACUAGGAGACGUGGAGGACUUUUGCGUGGACUAGCCAGCAGUGAGCUGCGGAGCGCCUAUAAAGGAUAGAUCAUUGGGGUUGUGACAUUGCCACUAGCAGACUUCAAAUCUCCAAUCUCUGCUUGGAGUCUGCGCAAGCAAUGCCGCAGUGUCUGGUGGUUGGUCAACUCAAGAGAUAACUGCUGAACACCCUCCCUAUAUCUGCGCUGAUGUUCCCUAUUCUGCUACUACUGCUGCUAUUGCCGCAUGUGACCUGCUCGCUGUUGCAUGAGAAUCAAACUGAUCGCAUCGCUCUACUUGAUUUCAAGCUCUCCUGUAGUGAUCCUCAUGGAUCCUUGGCCUUCUGGAAUGCGAGCAGUGACUUCUGCUUGUGGAAAGGCGUCUCAUGCGGCCGGAAGCAUCGGCAGCGUGUCACUCAGCUUGACCUCACCAAUCAAGGCUUGACUGGCCACUUAUCUCCAUCCCUCGGAAACCUUACGCAUCUAAGAGCUUUGCGCCUGGCAAAUAACAGCUUCAGAGGUGAGAUCCCUGCUUCACUUGGUCAUCUAAGGCGACUGGAGGUGAUUUACUUGAGCAAUAACUCACUGCAAGGAUGGAUUCCUGACGAGCUCUCCAAUUGUUCUAACCUCAAGAUCUUAUCCUUGAAAUCCAAUCGUCUAAAAGGGAGGAUUCCUCAUACUAUUGGUUCUCUCUUGAAGCUUGUCAUUCUGAAUCUUUCAGCAAACAACCUCACUGGAUCCAUUCCACGUUCUAUUGGUUACAUGACAGCUCUGGAUGUACUUUCUCUUUCAGAGAACUACCUUCAGGGAAGCAUCCCCGAAGAACUUGGGCUGCUUUUGGACAUGUCAUACUUGGGUCUUGGAGCCAACUUUUUGUCGGGAAAUGUGCCGCCGAUGUUGUUCAACCUGUCUUCUGUCAUUUACUUUGGACUGGAGCUGAACCAUCUUGACAAGGCCGUGUUACCUUCUGAUUUUGGCAGCCAUCUUCCCAAACUUCAGCACCUUGGGUUAGACUCUAACAAUUUUGAGGGGCCUAUCCCAGCUUCUCUGGCUAAUGCUUCAAGCCUCAUUGAUAUUGGGCUGUCCCGCAACUAUUUCAGUGGUAGAGUGCCAAGCUCUCUAGGCCAUUUACAUGAUCUCACCUUCCUGAAUCUUGAAUCCAACAGUCUUGACACAUCUGACAGGGAGAGCUGGGAGUUCAUCGACUCAUUGGCCAACUGCAGCCAACUUCAAACUAUUGCACUUGAUAUGAAUAACUUAGGAGGGGAUGUGCCAGGCUCAAUUGGUAAUCUGUCCUCUCAACUCCAAGUAUUGUACUUAGGCACAAACCAGUUAUCUGGGGUGUUCCCCUCAGGCAUUGCAAACCUCCAGAACUUGAUUGCCUUAUCGCUUGAAAAUAACCAGUAUGUCGGGGCGAUUCCGGAAUGGGUUGGAAAGCUGGGGAAUUUGCAAGUAUUAUACCUUGAAGGAAACAGCCUCACCGGAACAAUACCGCUUUCCAUCGGUAAUCUUUCUCAAUUGUUAUAUCUCUAUCUUCAAGACAACAAGAUCGAAGGGCUCCUUCCAGCCAGCCUUGGAAACAUGAAGUACCUUCAAAGAUUGAACAUCACUAACAACAGCCUCCAAGGGAGUGUUCCAGCUGAGAUUUUCAGUCUGCCCUCACUGAUAAGUUGCCAACUCUCUUUUAACAAGCUUGAUGGCACAUUGCCCCUUGAGGUUGGCAAUGCUAAACAACUCAUUGAGCUGGAACUGUCGUCAAACAAGUUAUCUGGAGAAGUCCCAACUACUCUGGGUAACUGCAGGGGCUUAGAAAUCAUAGAUCUUGCACAGAACUCCCUUGUUGGAGAACUCCCAGUAUCCUUAGGCAACUUGCAGAGCUUGAAAAUAUUGAAUCUUUCUCACAAUAAGUUGUCAGGGCCCAUCCCGAAAUCCCUUGGUGGGUUGAAGUUGCUCAGCCAAAUAGAUAUUUCAUUCAAUCAUCUUGUAGGUGAGAUUCCAACAAAAGGUGUGUUCCUGAAUGCAUCCAGUACCGUGCUUGAAGGGAACUCAGGGCUGUGCGGUGGAGUAGCAGAACUCCAUAUUCCGGCAUGCUCUGUGUCAUCUUCAGAUCCAUUCAGGCGACGGCGGUCAUUCAGGGUGAAACUAAUAGCCGCUAUAGUGAUCACAGUCAUAUUUGUACUUCUGACACUGAUCAUUCUUGGCUUCCUGUAUAGAAAGAAGAAAGUGAAACAGCCAUCUCUGGUCCGUCCUUCAUUUGGUUCAAAGUUUCCCACAGUCACUUACAAGGAUCUAGCUGAUGCAACGGAUCAAUUUUCACCAUCCAAUUUGAUCGGCAGAGGACGAUACGGCUCUGUCUACAAAGCAAAGUUACAUGGACAGACUGACUAUGUAGCAGUGAAGGUUUUUGAUAUGGAAACAAGAGGUGCAAACCGGAGUUUCAUGGCGGAAUGUGAAGCUUUGAGAAGUUUAAGGCACCGUAAUCUCGUACCUAUCCUAACUGCCUGCUCAAGCAUUGAUUCUGGAGGAAAUGAUUUCAAAGCAUUGGUUUACGAAUUCAUGACUAAUGGUAGCCUGGACUCAUUUUUACACCCAAAGGAAGAUGCUACACAUGGUCCCUGUUAUCUUACUCUAACUCAAAGGUUGAGCAUUGCUCUUGACAUCGCAAAUGCAUUGGAAUAUCUGCACCACAGUAGCCAGAGGCCCAUUGUUCACUAUGAUCUGAAGCCUAGCAACAUCCUUCUCGGCAACGAUUUGACUGCUCACAUCAGUGACUUUGGCCUCGCCAGAUUCUUUGACAAUGUAAGCACGGCUAGCACCGCUGCAGUGAAGGGCACCAUCGGUUACAUUGCUCCAGAGUAUGCAGCUGGAGGGCAAGUGACGGCUUCCGGUGAUGUGUACGCCUUUGGGAUAAUCCUGCUUGAGAUGUUCACUGGGAGGAGGCCUACUGACGACAUGUUCAAAGAUGGGGUGAGCAUUGUGAGCUUCGUGGAGGCAAGUUUCCCUGACCAUAUGACGGAGAUCGUCGACACCGAGCUGCUCGAAGAAAUUGAUGACUUUGAAGCUCAGACGGAGAGCAUGGUGACGGGUAUGGACUGUGUGCGGUCCGUGCUGAGGGUCGGGCUGUCCUGCACAUCCCAAUCACCGAAUGAGAGGUCGAGCAUGAGAGAAGUGGCUGCGAAGCUGCAGACCAUCAGGGAGUCGUAUGGUUGAGAUGGAGCUCUGCAAGUCGCCUGAUGAACUUCAGCAAACCACAUGAAUGGCCAGAAUGCCAUAAAAGCCUUUUACAGUGUUGCUAUUCUAUUCACUGGACAGAGAGCAAGUACUGCCAAGUGCAUAAUAAUAAGCAGCAUUUCCCAUGA